AUGGCGCCCCCCAAGAACAGAGUCCGCAAGUUCCACCGCCGUAGCAAAAACGGCUGCUCGACAUGUAAGCAGCGUCACGUCCGCUGCGAUGAGCGCAAGCCACUAUGCACCAACUGUCUCCAGACGGGCAAGGACUGCAUCUACCCCGACCCCGUCAUUGAUGCCGAGUCUACUCCAGAGUCUCGGGCCGAGUCCGAGUCGGCUGCCUUGAUCCCGGUCGCGGAGUCGGCUCGCCUUGUCAACGUCCUGUCUUAUCAGCCAUUCGCCGGCUUCUCCGGCGACUAUCAACUCUCGGAAAUGUCACAAUGGCUCUUCCAUCAAUUUACCAACUUCUAUGUCAGAGGACAGACUCCCGUGGAACGAGGCCAGAAUCUGUGCAGUGUUCAGAGGACUUUGUUGCAUCCAGGCCUGCUUCAUGGCUGCCUAGUGGUCGCGGCGUGCCAGUGGGCUUGGGUCACAGGAUCACUUGAGCAUGUCAAAGUCCCCUUUCUCUACCACAAGGCAGCAGCAUACGAGUUCGCAAAGAAGCAGCUGUCAGAGUCUGAGACUGAUGUCAGCGACAUUGCCGUCUUUGCUAUUGCCACGCUAGCACUUACAGAGGGUGCGGUUGGGGACCUUGAUGCGUCAUCCAAGCAUCUACGCGGUCUGUAUAGGUUAACACUCCAGAAGAAUGGGUACAAUCUGAUGCGGUCAAACUUGGCGCAGCAGAUGCUGGACAUGGCAGGAGACCGUCUACGCCGUGGUGAAGUCCAUGUCAUACACGACGCCAUCAGUGUCGAUUUCCAGCCAAGCAUCAUCGCUUUGCUCUUCACCUCGCUAUGGGACAUGGAGAGCCUACCUCCACGACAGGCACCGAAAUACGGCUGGUGGGAAGGGGCAGAGACCCCAACGGACUUGCUUUGGCAGGACUACACCAAGAAUCUCAAUUGGGAGCUAUCCCGUGGCUUUGACCCUGAGCGCAACAUAGCCACGAUGUUGAACGGUGAUCCUAAGAGCAGCCGCGCGAGUUACAUCGCAACGUUUUUCUACCUCGUCAUGGCGGUGAACGACAGCGAGAUGGACUGUGUCUUAACGGUCUGGCUGCUUGAGCAGCUCAUUGAUGACGUGUGCGACAAAGAAGCAGAGAUGAUGACAGGCUCCUUCAGUAGGAGUCUGUGGUUCUGGAGUGUCAUGUUUGGUGCGGCCAUCGCCAAUUCAGGCAGGCCCAUUACUGACACAGGCAAGCAACAGCUGGCAAAGUGGAAGGCUGUGUAUGCCGCGAAACUCUCUCUAGCUAGCACCGUGAUGCAUCUAAGCAACUGGGAGCAAGCCAAAGCGGCUCUCGCUGAAGUUGCGUGGACGGACGGAUCGGAUGCCGAAAGUCGACUGCGAGAUAUCUGGCAAGAUGCGAUAUCAGGUCGAAAUAAACAGACUGAUGUACUUGAUGUGAGUGGUCGCGGUACUGUUUAA